CUUCUUAAUUCUUCCUCAACGUCCCUCCCAUAUCCACUCUCAUUCAUUCUCCUUUCCCAUAAUGGGUUGCUGCGUUAGCAAAUGCAAACCCUCCCCCUCCCCACAAGAAGAACACCUCUUUAACGUCCAACAAAAGCUUCCCAUCUCACAAACUCCACCUAUUAUUCCAAUUCCAACCCUCUACUCCUCCACCAGAAUUUCACCCUCCCCUCCUUCUCCAACCUCUUCCACUUCCUCCAUUUCUUCCUUCACAUGCACCACUACCAACACCUCCUCCUCCUCAUCAUCAUCUUCCUUCACCUCCAAGGACCGAUCCUUCUCCAACGACUUCCUAUGGUCGUGUUACAAAGACAACCCUCACAUCACUCGCAUCAACUCUCUCAGGGAACCCUCUCUCUCCUUCAUGCCCCCAACCAAACCUAAACCCCAACACACAAACACAAAAACGUUAAAACCCAACUUGGCAACAACGCUCAAGCAGUCCCCAACGCAAUCUCUCUCCAUGCCGCAGAAGAGAGUGCGAUCAAACUCCCCAACGAACCUCACAAGACAGAAGAGCUUCCGAAAGGACACAGAGAGGUCUAUUAUUAUUAACUAUGCUUCCAACAACAUGCAGAGUUGGACGUCACCGAGUAGAAGAUUCAACGGAGCUGACAAAUGUGCAAGUCCUAAUAAUUUGGCUACAACGGUCACAGACUCCAGGCGAAGGAUGAUGAAUAGCUCCAAAGUUAGUGUCAGUGCAAUUCAUUCUCAUUGUGUUUCGUCUUCCACGAGGAAAGAGAGUGUUAAAGGUGCGAGUCCACGUAGAGUAGUUCAUUCUGGUUUGAGGCACACCGAGAGUUGCAGUGUCGGGGUUGGUUCAAAAGUUGAUGAAACCGUGGUUAAGGAUGUGAUGUCUGACCAUGACAUGGACUUAACUCUGAUGGAGGAUAUCGACAACCCUCUUAUCUCCUUGGAUUGUUUCAUCUUUUUGUAGAAAACGGUCGUGUGUGUCUCCUACAUAUUCAUAUAUUUUGGUGUCCAUACGAUGUUUUACUUUUUGUUUGUUUGUUUGUUUUAUUUAUUUUUUAUGUCUGUUGAAUAUUACAGUUAAUUUAUUCAUAACUCCCCUGGAGUUUACAAGGUUGAUGAAAUUAUUGUUUCAACCUUUUUAGAUAUAGGAUUGCAAACACUGUUGUGUGUUUCCCUUGCCCUGUUUGAAUUUGUUAUGUUUGAUGAGGCUUUGAGCAUGAUGAGACAAAGUCUUUUAUAACGUGAGAGUGUAAUAUGUACAACAUUUUUAUUAAAUCAGCGGUGCUAUAUAUA